AUGCUUUGUAACAUUUGCGAGGCGAUCCCAUUUGGAAAUCUGCCAUCAGAAGAGCAAAAUGCUCUACCGCAUCAACCCAGUCUUGACGCCCUAGAGGCCUCUAAAGAGUCGUGUUCAAUAUGCCGUCUCAUCUGGUGGGCGGCCGGUUGCUCCUUGGUGAACGUCGGCGGAAUGGUAGCCUUUAGAUCUGGCGUGGAAUACCCCUCAGGCCGCAAGAUUAUGACCCAAGAGACGGGGAGCAACUAUAGCCCCAUCGGGUUGUUGCGCGCCAUGGAGAAUGGAGCAGUAUUUCUCGAUACUUCCAGUCCAGAACCUGACCUGCGCGAACCCGUUUUCAUGGGUCCGCGUUCUUGCUUUCCGGCCACCGAGGAGACCAGUGGGAAAAUUCGACCAUAUAUAUUUGGCAGCUGGUACAAAUCGCCCUUCAAGGGCAAACCGCUUCAGUUGAUCGGUUUGGGCGUAAGGCUCGGCAUGGGACCCAGUGCAGAAGCAGCAGAAAGCAAUACCGACGAGGAGGUUCGCCUUAGAGGCACAUUUCUAAGGGUUCGCACAGACGACGUUCCGGGCCGCCUUCGCACAAACCAUCAAGGCUCUUCCAUAGCAGUCCAAAGAAUAAAGAAAUGGUUGAAAGAUUGUGAUGAAGGCCAUAGUUGCGAUCGAGGUCAUUCGUGUGCGAUCAACACCAUGUCUCCAUCACUACCGACUCGGGUCCUCGACGUCAACGGCAAAGGGGGUAUUGUUCGUCUCGUUGAAACCAAUGGACGGCAGGGACACUACGUAGCCCUGAGUCAUUGCUGGGGCCUUUCGCACCGAGUUACCACAACGAAGGAGACAUACGCAAAGCACUGCGAGGGUAUCCAGCUUAAUGAACUACCGGCAACUUUUCAACAGGCUGUGACCAUUACUCGAGAGCUUGAGGUCCCUUUCCUAUGGAUUGAUUCGCUGUGCAUCAUACAGGAUGACGAUCUUGAUUGGGAGAUGGAGGCUUCCAGGAUGGGCAUUGUCUACUUGGCUUCAUAUCUGACACUCUCCGCCAUGAGCUCGGCGGAUGACUCUUCCGGCUGCUACCGCGAAGCAUCGAAACCAAUUGAAGUGUCACGUUUCAGACCGUUCAUCUCAAACGACACCUUAUCCACUGGGCGACGCUGUAAACCGCUCGCGGCACCUCUGGUCGUAUCCUACGAAGGCGAUGGGGUUACUUGCAGGACAUUCAAUAACAUGUUCGGUAUGCGGGGUGACCGACAGUCUCGAGCGUACAUCACGCCGGAAUGGAUGCCGUCGUCCUUGAAACAGAACCCAAAGAUAUACGUCGUUGGAAAAUUUGGCGCCGCAGUCCAGCCAUUUGAGCACGAACCGCUGAACAAGCGUGGUUGGACUCUUCAAGAGCGACUGCUAUCUCCGCGUACAUUGCAUUUCGGAACGCAGGAGCUCUACUGGGAAUGCCAGCAAUAUUUGCUUGCCGAGGACGGGGCACUUUUGCAAAGAGAGUUUCCAACGAUAUCAACGGUCAUCGAGUCAAGAAGACCCGCCUCAUCUUCCGCUGCCGAUGGUUCUGAUUCCGCAACCGAUUCUGAGGACAAGAGCACACGCUCCUGGCCUAACGUCUGGCUAAGACUCAUCGAAGAGUACACCUCUCGGAACCUGACACGAGACCAAGACAAGCUGCCUGCGCUCUCCGGUGUUGCGAGCUCCGUAGCCGGCCAAACAGGAGACGACUAUCUCGCGGGCCUCUGGCGAAACGAUCUCCUGCAAAACCUGUCCUGGUCCAUAGAAACAUUCGAGCCGAGUCAUCACUGCGAUGACCCCGCGCAUGACGCGGCAAUGCCUCCCGCGAUAAAGUCAGAAGUGAGGUAUCCGGCAAUGUACCGCGCACCUUCGUGGUCCUGGGCGAGUCUAGAUGGGAAAGUCAAGUUCUUUCCACUGGACCCUAAGAACUUGAGGGCUCGUUGUGUUUGUGCGCAUGUCGAUAUCGCGGGCAGAGACCGGUAUGGCAGGGUCAAGAAUGGAUGGAUUACGCUCGAGGCCCCGCUAUACCUCCUCCGACCGGCCAAAUCAGAUGCAAAACAUCACGUGCGCCACCCCUUCACGACCGAAGUCGACUUCCUCGUCCAUGGCGAAACCACGAAAGCAGCUCUGCAGGGCCGCGGCAUGGCAACCUUCGACGACAAGCCGGACUUCCCAAGCUUCGCCCUCCUGCUCGACAGUGAGAACGGCCUAGUUCUCAAGGCCAGGGAGCCAUGGGAGUUCGUCAGGAUCGGGGCGGUAUGGCUUUUGCCCUCUCAAAGAGGUGGCUAUGGUGACGAGGGUAACGAAACUGCAGAGCAGCAUGCCCAUGGCACCAGCGGAGGAGGUGCGAGUGGUACAAGCUACUCGGCGGCGGAGACUACGGCGCUGUCGUUGGCGAACGGGAUGGCGCAGAAGAUAACCAUCUACUGA